UUAAUCAACUGUGAGGCAUUUAUUAUCAAAGUAAUUUUUCUAAUGAACAAUGCAAGUCGAUGAGAAACUUAUCGAGACUUCACUAGAAAGUCUUGUUGGUCGAGUUGGUGAUAUUAAAGUGUCAUUGCAAAACUUUUUGUUCAAAAUUGAACAUGAGUAUUUGACUUGGCCUCAAGUUUUAGACAAUUUUGCUCUUUUAUCAGGUCAAAUAAACACAUUAAAUAAACUUUUGAAAAAUGACCACAUGCCAAUAUUACGAAAUCUUUGUGUUUUACCAAUAAAUGUACAGCCUGACUGUGACGAAGAACUGCAACGUUUAACAGAGAACAGAAUACAUGUAUUUAACCAUGAAGUUGUUCCAAAUGUAUUACGAACAAAAUAUGAACCUGAUGUUGAAAAAGAAGAGCAAAUGCUCAUUAACAAGGCUGUAUCACUUCAACAAGAAGAAGCUGAAAAACAAGUAUUUACUUUAAAUGAAUUAGUUUCUUCAAUUUUAGAGCUGAUUCAGUCUGCUAGAGAUGAUUGGGAUGGUGAAUUUUCAACACAACAAACAAACUUAGCACCGUCUUCAAAUGAUACAAAUAUAUUAAUUGCAGCUAUGUCUUCUGGUGCUGGUUUACGAAAAAGAGGUGGAGAAUCUUUCAGCUCAAAACCAUCUACUGCAAGAAGCGGACAUCGAGCAACUCCUGUUAACUAAUUAAAAAAAAUUAAGACUAGUAUUUACAAGUUAUACUUAUUACAAUUAUCUUGAUAAAAUAAUGUUUUUUUUUUAA